AUGGAAAUCUAAUAAAAUCAUACGUAGUAUUCCUACAUUAAUUCACAGAAAUAAUAUAAUUCUCAACAUCAAUAAUAAGAAUCAAUGGAAUCAAUUACUAAAGAAUAUCAAAUUAUCAUGAAUAAAUUUUAAUAAGAAAUUUUUUUAAAGAAGCAAAACAGCAAAGAAAAAAAUGAAAAAAAUGAAAAAAGAUCUGAAAGACUUAAAAACAUUCCAACCUUUACAAAUUUAUUACAACGAACAUAACUUGAUAGAUGA